GCGUUUUCACUUCCUUUACGUAGAGCUCAGCCUGUCUGUGCAGCUGCUUUUCUCUCCCUCUCAGUCCCAUGGUCCCUUCCCAAAUCGCAAAUAAUUCUGUCGCUUAGUGGCACCAGGCUAAGGGGUUGUAGCCGAGGGUGUGUCCUUGUGCUGAAAUUCUGAACUCCCUGUGUGCCCUCCCUGCAUGGAGCAGAAGCAAACCAGGGAGGGACCGAGCUCAGCAAAUGGAGAUCUGAAAGAGGGGGAGGGAAACUAGAGAGGGAGUGAGAGACAGGCUGAUCGCCGAAACGAGGGAGAGCUAGAGCUGUCUGUCGCACACACAUCCUAAUCUGGAGCCCAGCAUCUUGUCAUCAGACUCUGUUGCUAAGACUGCAGAAAAAUGCAGACCUUUCUGAAAGGGAAGAGAGUGGGUUACUGGAUGAGUGAGAAAAAGAUCAAGAAAUUGAAUUUUCAGGCAUUUGCAGACUUGUGCAGGAAAAGAGGCAUUGAGGUCAUACAGCUCAAUCUGGCCAAACCCAUUGAGGACCAGGGCCCUCUAGAUGUGAUUAUACACAAACUGACAGAUGUCAUUCUUGAGGCUGACCAAAAAGACAGUGAGUCCAUGCAGCUGGUGCAAAGGUUCCAGGACUAUAUAGAAGCCCACCCUGAAACAAUAAUACUUGAUCCAUUGCCUGCAAUUAGAACAUUGCUGGACCGCUCAAAAUCUUAUGAGCUAAUUCGCAGAAUUGAGGUCUACAUGAAAGAUGAAAGGCUUUGUUCCCCUCCAUUCAUGGAGCUAAUGGCAGAAUGUGAUGAAGAUACCUUGAAGAUUUUAAAGAAAAAUGGCUUGGCAUUUCCAUUAGUUUGCAAGACACGAGUGGCUCAUGGCACAAACUCUCAUGAGAUGGCGAUUAUAUUUAAUUCAGAAGGACUGCGGUCAAUCAAGCCUCCCUGUGUAAUUCAAAGCUUCAUUAGCCACAACGCUGUCCUAUACAAAGUCUUCGUGGUUGGAGAAUGUUACACAGUAGUAGAGCGGCCAUCCUUGAAAAACUUCUCACCUGGAGCCUCUGACAGAGCAUCCAUAUUCUUCAACAGUCACAAUGUGUCAAAGCCUGAAUCAUCCUCUGUUCUAACAGCACUUGAAAAAGUUGAAGGAGUGUUUGAGCGACCCUGUGAUAAAGUUAUUCGUGGGAUCUCCAAAGCACUACGACAGGCUUUAGGAAUUUCUCUUUUUGGCAUUGAUAUCAUUAUAAACAACAAGACUGGCCAACAUGCUGUGAUUGAUAUCAAUGCUUUCCCAGGCUAUGAGGGUGUCCCAGAAUUCUUCACUGACCUCCUGAACCACAUUGCAACCAUCUUGCAGCGUCCAGAUCAGAGUGCAAACAAGUCCUCAGUGGAGCAGACAGGAAGCUCACUUGGAGAGCGCCAUUGCUGUACUCCAUCUGCUCGAACAGACCCAUGGAUUGUGGAGACAGACACAAGUGGAUCUGUUAAGUUGCAAAGUCAGAGACUAGGAUGCAAUUCAUCAGUUUCUCCUAGCUUCCAGCAGCACUGUGUGGCCUCUUUGGCAACCAAGGCUUCCUCCCAAUAACACGUUAUUUUGAAGGACCGCAUGGAGUAAGAGAAUUCCAAAGGGACAGGGGAACAGUUUUAUUUUGGUGUACUACUACUUGAACUGAGUUGUAACAGCAGGUUGUUGGUCAGUAUAAGGAAAGUCGGGGCAUUUGAUCCUCCCCUGUGCAGUUGUGAGAAACACUGCUGUCCAAUUCCAAAGGAUCCCGAGAAGCAGACACUGGUUCUUCAUCAUUUCAGAGGUUCCCUUCUGCGACCAUAGGGGGACCAUGCUCUCUGUUCAAUAAGUCCUUAAAUAUAUAUCAAAGUGAAACUGCAGCUGUUCAACUCAGACAACACGUUCCUAAAGUGGGUUGUGCUCUGAAAGAAAAAAAUAAUUAUUUUAUAACAAAAAGCAAAUUUUAUUCUUUAAAAAAAAAUAAUUACUUAUUCCUACUGUCUCUUCACCAUAUGAAAAUAACCACCCAUCAGCCACUGGGUCUUGUGAUUGUAGAAAUUGUAUUUCUUAUUUUUUUU